GAAAAUCCGUGACGUCAGUUCCGGUUUGAAAUUCACGCAGAACUGGGAAAAUUUGUCUGUCAAUCACAGCUUCAAAACCAUGUUUGCGAUCAGACAGUUAUCAAGAACUGCGUUCGGCUUCGUCGCUAAACAGACGGAGAAGGCCAUUGUGACUCAGGCGUGUCGUUGCACAUACGUGACACACACGCGAGGAUGUUUUUCAACUUUAAAAGACGUGGAGCCGGACCCCUCAAAGACAUCUAACUCUUACUGGGUGAAGAAGCUGACCCCCGAACAAUACAACGUCACAAGGGAAAAGGGCACUGAACCGCCUUUUACCGGAAAGUAUGUGUACCACAACGAGAAGGGAAGCUACACGUGUGUGUGCUGCGAAGCGCCGCUCUUCAGCUCGUCCACCAAGUUUGAUUCAGGGACAGGCUGGCCGUCAUUCAGCGACGCCUACUACAAAGAGGGGCAGAGCAACGUCAGCUGUCGGUCUGACCUCAGUUACGGCAUGGUGAGGACAGAGGCGUUAUGUAAACAGUGUAACGCCCACCUAGGUCACGUGUUCGAGGACGGUCCGAAACCUACUGGAAUGCGGUACUGCAUCAACAGCGCAUCUCUCAGCUUCAAGAAGGCCACGUGAUACGCCCGGGCCCGUUAUGGAACUACACAGGCACGAUUGUAACGAACAAGAAUACAACAUGUUAACUGAUUGUCCAUAUAAUCUGAAAAUAUUCUUACGGUUAACGUGAAUUGUAUUGAGCGUAUUUUCCUUGACGUAAUUGACUCCAGUCAAUUGAGAAUAAUAUAACGUUGGAUUGUUAUAUAUUUGUAAUUGGCAUGGAAGUUGAACAUAUUUCUCGUGACAAGUUAUUAUUGUCAAAAUAUGUUUCGAUGUGUAACUAAUUGUUUUAAUAUCUGUUGUGGGCAAAGUAUUUGCAUGUCAUUCAUUAUGUGUUGUAAAAAGCUGCUGUAAUAUCAGUUGAAAAUUUUGCACAAGCGUGAGACCAAACUAGUUCACUGGGUCAGCUGUUUAGAUAAUUCUUGUAUAGAGAGUAUUGCAUGUGUUUGUAACAUUCUGCCUUCGCGAACGAUUUUAGUAAUUAUACGAGUUCUCAGUGUCGUAAAAUCAGCAUAACACAGACCAAUCUAAUAAUUUCUUUGUUUUGCAUAUUAUGAUAAUUGCAAAGGCGAAGAUCUGUCUUUGAAAAUGUCGAGAAUGUAACACUGUCCAUAUGACGUCAACAAUGAUAGACAUUUUCGUCAACAAUGAUCUAUAGUUCGCCAGCAAUGUUGUCUGCAUUAUGUUACGUCAGCAAUGAUGUAGGACUCGGGAAAUUAUUAUUAUCCGUGAGUAUUAUAUGGAGUUUUCUAAGUUACUGCUAUGCGCCCCUCGUGGUUUACUCUCCCUGCAGUGUGUUAUUGCACGAUAAACAACUCCCACUCGUCAUUUAUUUCUUAUUCGAGAUAUCAACAUUAUGUACAGCCUCUUUAAGUAUGGUGAUGAAAUGUACAAGUUUAAAAAAAAAAAAUUCCCGUAUUUUAAUAAUGAUGACGCCAUCGAUAGAAUCCGACCUCGGCAAUGUCGGACAAGUACAUUUCACGCACAAGUGGGUAUUUCCCGCAUAUUUUCACAAUCCUUGCGUCGAUUACCUGUACCUGUUCUCCCAAUGACAAUCGUGAUAUCUCUCCCGCUUUUGCAUGCGAUCGUUCGGACAUCGCGUUUAUCUGCGUUGACCAGGGACAUCUAUGGGGAACAACUCACUGGACAACCCCUCUGAAAAUUAACGUCGACCAAAUAUACGACGUCAUGAAGUUGCGGGCGCAUGUUCGAGUCUCCAGCUUAUCGUUGCGUUAGAACAAUGUCGUGUCGUGAAAUAAACCCCACUUCGUUCUUCAUUGUUCUUUGUUUUAUCGCGUAGCUGUCUCAUAUUUACCACUACUUCUCCUACUACUACUACUACUAGUAGUAGUAGUAGUAGUAGUAGUAAUAAUAUAUUAAUAAUAAUACAUGUACAGAUAUUUUGCCCAGAGCUUGGUUUGGUCAUCCACAGUUCCUCAAACAGGGACCUGUAGCAUUACGAAACUGUUACACAACAUCUAGUCUGUUGUUUAACGUGGCACUCGUCAAUACUCCAGCUGUCUGCCAGCGAUCCACGCCGUCGGGGUAUGAUGACACGCUUUCAACCAAGUCACCGAACCUGACCACCCUAUUCAUUACGUUAGUUUGCUGGGGACCUAUUACAAUAAACGGGGUCCCCACAGACUCGUGCUUCUCGCUGAUAUUGUUGUGGUUGAUUUUAACACAAGUCCGUGAUUUGUGCUAGUAGCCUCCCCUGUAGCGCAGCACUGGAGAGCAAUUACAGGUGAGAAUACCACUCACAGACCGCCGCCAUAUGGCUGGUAUAGUGCUGAGUGCGGCGUUAAACAACAAACAAUGAGUUUAUAUAUAGAGAGCCUUAUUUGUCCAUAUUUGUCAUUCUGAUGAUAUGAAUUGUUUUUUGAAGUUCAAGAAGUUGCAAUGACCAUGUCUACAAGAAACAUGCAACAGACAAUCUAGUUCCGUGUUACUCAUCUUCCCGAGGCAAGGGAGGUAACUGACUACAAAACUUCCUUUUCUCGGGAAGAUGAAUGUUACUUUACCAGUUUAUAGUUUCAUCAUUGUUUCAUAAUUGGCAUCGUGUUGUUUUUACCAUUGUUUAUAACCAAUAUGAUUUUUUCGCUUGUUUAAUUUCGGUUCCCAUUUUUCCUUCGGGUGGAACAAGUUGUUGCGCAACAGUUUGUCUUUUAUGCUUUGUGAUUACAAUAAAUACCAUACUAUGUU